AUGAGUAAAAUUGUAAGGCAACGUGUUAGCAUGCAUGACGAAUCAACUACGCUCUCUUUAUAAUCUAAAAAUGUAAACAAAAAGAAAAAUACCCAUCGUAAGCGCUAACCUAUAAAAUAAUUGAUUUGUAUAGUAUCAGUGCCAAAAUCAGUUGGAGAAUAUGUCUAUAUUAAAGCUGACGUGGAACUAAAGCUGGCUCUCUCUUAUAUACCUGAUCACUGCUUGGGAAGUCUAAAAGAAACUCCAUGUACCUACAACCAUAGAGUUACUCGCACUGACUAACUUGAUGAUGUUUAUUUUUACACUCUCGAACUUCUCGACCAAGACAACUAUUCCAUAGAACAAAUCGUUAAUCUUCUUUCUCAUAAAGACGAUCCAUGUGCUUAACUGGCAAUCCAACUUGUCAAUCAAAGAUUCAACAUACUAAACGAAUACACACAACAUUACUAUAUUUCAAACGAAGAAUUGUUGGAAGUUGAACAAAUAGCCAAAGAUUACCCCUAUUAAUGUAUAAUUCAAAAAGUGAAUAAGGACAAUAGUUCACUCUCACAAAGAAUAGUCAAUGAUCAAUUUUACACCCUCAUGGGAGUGACUUCCGAUAUGAUGUUUCAUCAUCUGCAUGAAACCAAAACUCUACCAUCCAUUUUUGAUAUUGGUGGUUCCUUAAAGAUGUGGUGCGAUCUCACCAUCGGAUCCAUCUCAAGUGUUUAGUAUUUUGAAUAGUAUAUUAAUACAUACGAAGGCGCUCAAUACAAAUGCCGAAUAGAGCAGAGAUAAAUGUUCAAAAGAACUCAGGUUAAUCCAAACCAAAUUGUCUUUAUAGAGUUUUGGAUAUUCAAACUGGAUGAACCAUUGAAGUCCUACCUAUUAAAUCCCCAGAGACUCUACCUAAACUAGAUAGACUACUUCAAUAAAAAGAACACAGAGGAAGAAUAUCAACAGUUCUAAAAAUCAAUGAAAUACAAAGAAACUCCCCACUACAAAAAUUCACAGUGUUGUGGUUAUAAAUUACUCCCUUGGAUCUGA